AAGGGUAGAUGUAUCCAAACAUAAGCCGGUCGUUACAGGUAUACUGCACUCGAUGUUAAUGCAUGUGAUUGUUCUUAAAAAAAAAUUAUCAAAUUUGAACGCAACCCAUAAUGCAUUUGUUGGUUUCACUCCCAAUUUAUAACCAGAAUGGAAUAUAUCACAAGUUUAUACGGGUGUAUGUUCCUUGUGGGAUUACUGGGCAAUGGAAGCCUCGGAUUAACGCUUUGCUGCGGACCGGGUGCGAAAGCUCGUAGUCCUCUGCUGUUAGGUUUGGUGGCCGCAGAUUUCUUAGUGUGCUGUUUAAGUGGUCCAGUCACUGCGGCUAUAUAUGUUACUUCAACUUUAAGCCAAACCUGGCUUCGCGUUGCCCUCUUCGUUCAGGCCUGGCCGGUCUCCGCCAGCACAUUAUCAAUGAUGGCAAUCUCAGUCGAUCGCUAUCUAACGGUCAAAAAUUAUCGUCCCGCUGCUCAGGUCGUGCGAAGAAGACAUCUUUUAGCCUUCGCGUCAGUCGUUGCGUGGAUUUUAGCGGCCCUACUGUCAAGCCUUCAGUUAAUCCAAAGAAAUCCGUGGAGAACGAGCUUACUUAUUAUAAGGGCUGUCCUUGCACACGUCGUGCCAAUUUGUGUCGUUUUUGCGAGUCACUUGGGAGUGCAUUCAAAAUUAACGGCUCUUUCACUUACGGCUCGUGCCAAACACGGCGAAUUACCACUUCCUAUGCCAUUACUACGGAGGCCCACUAACGUAAUUAUUGUCGCCGGAAUUCCUAGUGGAAUUGAUAAUAAGGCUUUAACUUCUGAACAGAAUGGCAAGAAAAAAGCUGAGUUGGAUACCGAAAACGCCGAACAACCACCUACUAGUACUUUGCAAAGCCGAAGACGACUAGCUAACGCGUUAAUGUGGAUGGCAUUCGUUUUUGCCGCGUGCUGGUUACCUUACGUGCUGUGUAUAAUUUGUGCAGAGUUUAAUACGGUCCCUUCAAUUUGGUUAAUACGUUACAGCCUCUUCUUAGGCCACGUACAUUCGGCGUUCAGCCCGUUGCUGUAUUGGGCUUUAAACCACAAGUGGCUGCAGCCUCCUUGUCGAUUUCGUUUACCAGUUCUUUACCGCAACGCGUCGUCAACGAACGAAGCUGCGUUGGGACCAUUUAACCCCCGUUUUGCGCGACCGCCACCUGUCCGUCGGCAGUCAUCACAUUAUCUCUACUGACUGUGAUCGUUUUUCUUAGCCGAGAAAAGUAUCUCAGGGCACAAAUCUUUGUUUCUCGUUAAUUAUGUAAAAAAAAGAUAUCAUGUAGAUGUCGCGACUUAAAAGAAGCAUGAAAUGUGACCAAUAUCCUAAAUUUCUACACAAUUAAAAUUUUCUCGUCCAAAACCAAUCUUAUAAUAUUAAUAAACGUGUUCCUUUAUUGCAACAGGUGUCGUCGAUAAAGAAAAUCUCCGACAAACGAAUUCGCAUCGAAAAAUCUAGUUUGAUCUUUAAUUUACUCAAACCAAAGAUAUAAAAGAAAGCGAGGCGAGUUGUGACUGUUGCCGAGGCCGACUAAUGUACUAUUUUGUUACACUUGACAAUCAGUCGGCAUGUUUUUACGUGCCUUUCUAUAGCUAAGCGUUACAAUAAUAAUAUUCUUCUAUUUCUGUAUUGUAGAGGAUUGUCUCUUUAAGUAUUAUUAGAUCUAUCUAAACGUUACCUCUUUGUUGGAAAUAAAUAUAAGU